AUGCCAGGCCUCACCAUUGGAGACACUGUCCCUAACCUUCAUGUCCAAACCACCCAUGGCGACUUCAAGCUCCACGACUACUUCUCUGGUUCCUGGACCAUCCUCUUCUCUCACCCUGGCGAUUUCACGCCGGUGUGCACCACGGAGCUUGGGAAGAUGGCUAAGUACUCUGAGGAAUUCAAGAAGCGAGGAGUGAAGCUGUUGGGUCUGUCAUGUGAUGACCUCAAUUCCCACAAAGAGUGGAUCAAAGACAUUGAAGCCUAUACUCCAGGUGCAAAGGUGGACUAUCCCAUCAUCUCUGAUCCUACUAGAGACAUCAUCAAGCAACUCAACAUGGUAGACCCCGCUGAGAAAGACCCCAAGGGCUCCCAACUCCCCUCCAGGGCUCUUCAUAUUGUGGGCCCAGAAAACACGAUAAAGCUGAGUUUUUUGUACCCUGCGACUACUGGAAGGAACAUGGACGAGGUGGUGAGGGUGUUGGAUUCUCUGCAGAGGGCCUCCAAGCAUAAAGUGGCGACCCCAGUCGACUGGAAACCUGGGGAACCCGUAGUGAUUUCGCCAGGCGUGAAUAAUGAGGAAGCCAAGGCCAUGUUCCCUCAGGGUUUUCAGACGGUGGACCUUCCGUCAAAGAAGGAGUAUCUGCGUUUCACUCAAGUUUCUUGAUGAGCCUUUCCUCUUCGGCUACCUGUUUGAGAUAUAAAAAAAGUCUAAUCUCAGAAGAAAUAGCAAUGUUUUGCGCUUCCUUUUCUCUUGUUGUCUUUGUACAUGCGUGUCUCUCUCGUUUUGACAAGUAUGUCGACUCCAUGUCUCGAGUCCUCAGUUUCUAUGCUGUGAAAAUAUCCUGUAUCUAGUAAGUAAAACUCGUUUC